CAAAUGUUUUAGGAGCAAUACGUGAUAACACGAUAAAUUGCAAUAAUAUAUCUCUUUCGCGUAAGACAGCAAGAGUAGAUAAAUUUCUCGUUUCUUUUUAACCUAACAUUCUACGAGAAUCUCAUAAUCGAUAACUCCCUGCUUGCAUCACCAGUGUAGGUCACUGGCUAGGUCAAACUUCAUUCUUCAUCCUACGAUCGGUGCGGAUUGUCGCGCGCGUUACACUAGUUUUCUGACUUCAGCAAGGCACUUUACGUCGACAAGCAACUACUUCAAAAUGUCCAUAAAAAGCAUCAAGGCUCGUCAAAUCUACGACUCUCGUGGAAACCCCACAGUAGAGGUCGACCUUGUCACUGAUCAAGGGCUCUUCCGCGCGGCAGUGCCAUCUGGUGCAUCUACUGGUGUCCAUGAAGCUUUGGAACUGAGGGAUAACGAUAAAUCUAAAUAUCAUGGAAAAUCCGUUUUCAAAGCCAUAGAGAACAUUAACUCCAUCAUUGCUCCUGAACUGACAAAAGCUGGAUUGGAUGUUACAAAACAAACAGAAAUCGACAAUCUCCUGCUGAAAUUGGAUGGCACGCCGAAUAAAUCCAAACUUGGAGCAAAUGCAAUUUUGGGUGUCUCCUUAGCAGUUUGCAAGGCUGGUGCUGCUAAAAAGGGUUUAGCCUUAUAUAAACAUAUUGCUGAGUUGGCUGGCAACAAUAAUAUCAUUUUGCCAGUGCCAGCAUUUAAUGUGAUUAAUGGUGGUUCUCAUGCUGGUAACAAGUUGGCUAUGCAAGAAUUCAUGAUCUUACCCACUGGUGCAGCCAAUUUCACAGAAGCCAUGAAAAUGGGCAGUGAGGUCUAUCAUCACUUGAAGGCAGGUAUCAAGAAGAAGUUCGGUCUUGACGCCACAGCUGUCGGUGAUGAGGGUGGAUUUGCACCAAACAUUUUGGAAAAUAAGGAAGCUCUUAAUUUGAUUAUCGACGCUAUUAAGACUGCCGGUUAUGAAGGGAAGAUCAAAAUUGGAAUGGACGUCGCCGCCUCUGAGUUCCACAAAAACGGAAAGUACGAUUUAGACUUCAAGAAUGAGAAAUCUGAUCCGAGCACAUAUCUGGAACCAGAAGCGUUGAAGAACUUGUACUUGGAAUUUGUCAAAGAUUUCCCGAUCGUAUCGAUUGAGGAUCCCUUCGAUCAGGAUGGAUGGGAUUCCUGGACCGCUCUGACCGCGGCUACUCCUAUUCAAAUCGUUGGUGACGAUCUCACGGUCACUAAUCCUGUCAGGAUUCAAACAGCAAUCGACAAGAAAGCUUGCAACUGCCUGUUAUUAAAGGUCAAUCAAAUUGGCAGUGUAACAGAAUCCAUCAAUGCUCACAAGCUCGCCAAGAGCAAUGGUUGGGGCACCAUGGUUUCCCAUCGUUCCGGAGAGACUGAGGACACGUUUAUCGCUGACUUGGUUGUUGGUCUCUCGACCGGCCAAAUUAAAACUGGUGCGCCUUGCCGCUCGGAACGUUUGGCCAAAUACAACCAGAUUCUGCGUAUUGAGGAGGAGCUUGGCGCUGCCGCGAAAUUCGCUGGAGAGAAAUUCCGCAAUCCGCAUAAUUAAAUGAAACUAAAAUACAGAUACAGUCCACUACCACAAAAAUUCGGCUGCCUAUUAUAUGAAUCAAUUUUUCGCGAUCGUCAUAAUGAUAAGUGUGGCAUAGCCCGAAGACAUUGUUUUUGUAGUCUCGAUAAAUUAAUAUAUAUCUCGUGCAGCGAUAGAGAGUAUAUUAAAUACGACGCAAUUAAAACUAUAUAUAAAAUAUAUUUAAAAUUUAUUUAAAAUUUAUUUUAAAAUUUAUUUAAAAAAAAAAUUAACUUUAAGAUGUGCAAAAUUCUCUUCUGGUUAUAAUAUUUAGUUUCUAUAAUCGUUAAUAAUUUUUAUUUUUUAUUUUUGCGAGUUAUGAUAUUGUAGAGGAUUAAUUAUUUUAUAGUCUGCUACAUGCCCUCUCCCUCAGCACUCUACAAAUAUAUCGAAAAGACAAAUAUUAAAGAAAUGUUAAAUAGUGAUAAUAACUAUGUAACGCAAGAUGAAAAAGACAGCCGAAUGAAAAAAUAAUAAAAUUCUAUUUUAGUGUCAACAUGUGCUCAGUAUCACAUGUGAGUACCGAUGAUAAUAAACAUGUCUAUAAUAGAAUACACCCUGUUGUCAAAAGGCAUAUCUGUAAAAGUAAAUUAAUAAACGAAAUCCUGCGUGCAGGAUAUAUUACUUCGAAA